AUGAGCAGUGCUGUGCUGGUGACUCGCCUCCCAGACCCCAGCAGCAGCUUCCACGAGGAUGCCCCCCGGCCCCCCGUUCCGGGGGAAGAAGGGGAGACCCCACCGUGCCAGCCCGGGGUGGGAAAGGGCCAGGUCACCAAACCCAUGCCUGUCUCCUCCAACGCCAGGCGGAACGAGGGUGGGCUGGGAGAGCCUGAGGGGCGGGCAUCCCCGGACUCCCCUCUGACCAGGUGGACCAAGUCUUUGCACUAUUUGUUGGGCGAUCAAGACGGUGCUUAUCUCUUCCGCACUUUCCUGGAGAGGGACAAAUGCGUGGAUACCUUGGACUUCUGGUUUGCCUGCAAUGGGUUCAGGCAGAUGAACCUGAAGGAUACCAAAACUUUACGAGUAGCCAAAGCGAUCUACAAAAGGUACAUCGAGAACAACAGCAUCGUCUCCAAGCAGCUGAAGCCUGCCACCAAGACCUACAUUAGAGAUGGCAUCAGGAAGCAGCAGAUUGACUCCAUCAUGUUCGACCAGGCCCAGACUGAGAUCCAGUCGGUGAUGGAGGAAAAUGCCUACCAGAUGUUUUUGACUUCUGAUAUAUACCUCGAAUAUGUGAGGAGUGGGGGAGAAAACACAGCUUACAUGAGUAACGGGGGCCUGGGGAGUCUAAAGGUCGUGUGUGGCUACCUCCCCACCUUGAAUGAGGAAGAGGAGUGGGCUUGUGCCGACUUCAAGUGCAAACUGUCACCCACCGUGGUGGGCUUGUCCAGCAAAACCCUGAGGGCUACAGCCAACGCGAGGUCCACGGAGACCGUUGAAAAUGGAUACAGGUCCUUCAAGAGGAGCGACCCUGUUAAUCCAUACCACGUAGGUUCUGGCUAUGUCUUCGCGCCGGCUACCAGCGCCAAUGAUAGCGAGAUAUCCAGCGAUGCACUGACUGAUGAUUCCAUGUCCAUGACGGACAGUAGUGUAGAUGGAAUCCCUCCUUAUCGUGUGGGGAGUAAGAAACAGCUCCAGAGAGAAAUGCAUCGCAGUGUGAAGGCCAAUGGCCAAGUGUCUCUACCUCAUUUCCCGGGCGUGGUGGUGGAUGUAGUGGUGGUGGACGUGCUUCGUCGUCUGCUUGGUCACGAAGCCCUUGGCUCCCAGGAGGGGGCAACCGGCCUGCGAGGCGGCCACGGGGGGCAACUUGCCCCCGGGCGGGAGGAGGGGGUGGUGCUGCUGGUGGUGGUGGUGGUGGUCGGGGGAACGGGAGCGGGGGCUCUGCUGCUGCAGAUGCACCAGGCAUGUUUUGCCCUCCCCAUGCUCCCCUGGGUAAAAAGGGAGAAAGCAGACAGCUCUGCCCGCAACGUGCGCUUGCCCUGGUGUGCGUGCCGGGCCGAAGACCGCAGCCUCGGAGCUGUCCGCAGGCGGUUGGCCGCCCGGCCCGCUGCUCCCGGGGUGGCCUCCCGUGAUGCCCCGGUGGCCGUCAUCAGUCGGAUGCGGGCCGAGGUUUACAUGCACGCCAGCUGCAGCAGAACCCUCAGGACCCCUUUGUAUUACUUCAAAAAAGCAAGCGACGAGUUUGCCUGCGGAGCCGUGUUUGAGGAAAUCUGGGACGAUGAGGCCGUGCUCCCCAUGUACGAAGGCAGGAUUCUGGGGAAGGUGGAGAGGAUCGAUUGA